CGAUAUAGACCCAUUAGUUGUUGCAGACCAAAACUCCGAAAUUCAAUUGCCAUUAGCUCAAAAACAUAAAACUCUUAUCCCAAUCCCCAGUUGUUUCCACCUUCUCGGUUUCUCGGUGGGGUAUAAAAAAAGAUCCGAAAUUCUCGUAAAGUUUGGGAAUUGGAAACUGGGUUUUUGUUGUUAUAGGCCCUUUGCUCCGAACUUGUUCGACAAUAUUCCUGAACGGGAUUUCUUGAAGAAACUGAUAUAUUGCUCCCCUUUGUCUCUGUUUGUUGAAUCUCGUCUCCUGCCUCCUUAACAUCUUGUGAAAGAUGGUUGCUUUUGGGAAGAAGCUAAAGGAAAGACAAGUUCAAGAAUGGCAAGGAUAUUAUAUCAACUACAAAAUAAUGAAGAAAAAGGUUAGGCAGUAUUCGAACCAAAUUGAAGCCGGGGCUUUGGACCGCCGACAUGUUCUCAAGGAUUUCUCAAGAAUGCUGGACAAUCAGAUUGAAAAGAUUGUGCUCUUCUUGCUGGAACAACAAGGAGCACUUGCGGGCAGGAUAACUGAACUCAAUGAGCGUCAAGAAAGUCUUCAAGAGCAGCCUGAAAUAUCCAAAAUAAGUGAGCUGCGGGAAGCUUAUAGGGAAGUGGGGCGUGAUCUUCUUAAGCUUCUUUUCUUUGUUGAAAUAAAUGCCAUUGGGCUGCGGAAAAUAUUAAAGAAGUUUGACAAACGCUUUGGCUAUAAAUUUACCAAUUACUAUGUCAAAACACGGGCCAAUCAUCCCUAUUCGCAGCUUCGGCAAGUUUUCAAGCAUGUGGGACUAGGGGCAGUUGUUGGAGCAAUAUCUCGUAAUCUUGCAGAACUUCAAGACCGUCAGGGAAGCUACUUGUCUAUUUAUGACCAGCCUGCUCUUCCCCUUCAGGAUCCUGUUGUCGACUCAAUAAGAGCAGCAACAGACAGGUUAACUCAUUCAACAAACUUCCUAAGCUUUUUGGGCCAGCAUGCACUUAUAAUGCAAGAAGAAUUGCCUAGUGCGGUUGAAGAAGAUGUUGAUGAUCAAAGAUACCAUUUUAUGUCACUCAUGUUGAACCUUGCCAACACUUUCCUUUAUAUGGUUAAUACAUAUAUUAUCGUUCCCACAGCAGAUGACUAUUCUAUGAGUCUUGGUGCUGCAGCUACGGUUUGUGGCAUUGUGAUUGGGUCAAUGGCAGUUGCACAAGUUUUCUCAUCGGUUUAUUUCAGUGCUUGGUCAAACAAGUCUUAUUUCAGACCUUUGGUAUUUAGCAGUAUAGCUCUUUGUAUAGGCAAUAUCCUAUAUGCACUCGCCUAUGACUUGAAAUCAUUACCAGUUCUACUAAUAGGCAGAUUAUUCUGCGGUUUGGGUUCUGCAAGAGCAGUGAACCGAAGGUAUAUCAGUGACUGUGUGCCACUUAAAAUCCGAAUGCAAGCUUCGGCAGGCUUUGUAAGUGCCAGUGCUCUUGGAAUGGCAUGUGGUCCUGCACUUGCCGGCCUACUUCAAGCUGAUUUCAAACUAUACAAGCUAACAUUGAACAAAGAAACUUUACCCGGUUGGAUUAUGGCUUUGGCAUGGUUAAUGUAUUUGGUGUGGUUAUGGAUCUCAUUUAGAGAACCUGUGCAAGAAACUGAAGAAAUCAAUGUUACACAUGAAUCAAGUGCAGUGCCAGAUAAUGCUGUGCUAGAGGAAGGUCUCGCGAAACCACUGCUCAUAAAAUCUGAAGAACAAGAUGGUGAUGGUGACCAAGAAUGUGAUGAGAGCGAAGAAGCCCCAGAGGAGUCUCGUUUGCCUGCCAACUCCAUUGGAUCAGCAUACAGAUUAUUGACUCCAUCCGUGAAGGUUCAGUUGUUGAUUUACUUUAUGCUGAAAUAUGCUAUGGAGAUUUUACUCUCAGAGUCCAGCGUUAUCACCGAAUAUUACUUCCAGUGGUCAACUGGCACUGUCUCAAUCUUUUUAGCAUGUCUUGGCUUAACCGUUCUUCCGGUAAAUAUUGUUGUUGGAAGCUACAUAAGCAACAUGUUCCAAGACAGGCAAAUUUUGCUGGCAUCUGAGAUUGUGGUUUUCUUUGGAAUACUCCUCAGCUUUCAAGUAAUGGUGCCAUAUUCUGUGCCACAGUAUGUCAUCUCUGGGCUGAUAAUGUUUGUGUCUGCAGAGGUUUUGGAAGGGGUGAACUUGUCCCUCCUCUCCCGAGUCAUGUCGUCCCGUCUUUCUCGCGGGACAUACAACGGUGGGCUCCUGUCGACGGAGGCCGGCACGAUAGCCCGGGUCGUUGCCGACGGAACCAUAACGGCUGCCGGUUAUUUGGGGCAGAGCAGACUCUUAAAUGCCACACUGCUUCCAUCACUUGUCAUUUGUGUUGCAUCCAUUGUUGCCACCUGUUGUACUUACAAUUCCUUGUACUGAUUCUUUUUUUUAACUUUUUAUUUUAAAUGUCUGGGUUUGAAAAAUAAGUAUUUAUCUAGCUCAUUUCCACACACCAUAUUCUUUGCAAGGGAAGCAUAUUACAAAUAAUGUAGGAGGAAAGUUAGGUUCUGUACUAAUCAAAUUCGUUGUGCCAA